UUUUUUUUUAAUCAGUUGGCCAUAAUUAUAACAUCAUUACCUAACUUCUCUUAUUUAUAAGGGGUUUUCGGGAACACCUUUUUGUUUGGAUCGAGUCUACUUUCUCAUUUGGGUCAAAAAUAGAAUUUGACUAUGACAUGUGGAAACUCUGUCAGCCAAGAAGUCGAAGUCGGAUCAAAUGUUUCAGAUUCCUAAUCCCGCGUUGUUGUCCCGGAUUCAAGAGAUUCUCCUGCCAAUCAGCAGGUGAUGCAGACUCCAAAGUCGUGAAGCUAUCAGUAGGAAGUGUCAAGGGUCGUCGGCUGUGCGGUAUCUAUGGUGACGAGUUCUACAGCUUUGAGGGAAUUCCCUUUGCCAAGCCGCCGCUGGGGAAAGCCCGAUUUGGGGCCUCCCAAUUGGCAGACCCAUGGAAUUCAGAACUCGAUGCUCGGCAGGAGAGAUCGAUUCCUCUGCAGAUGGACAGAAGGACGGGCAAGAUCGUCGGCAGCGAGGAUUGCCUGUACUUAAACGUAUACACCAAACAUUUCAACGAAUCUGAGCCACCUCUGCCCGUAAUGGUGUAUAUCUACGGCGGUGCCUUCCGCACGGGCGGAGCUAUAAAGAGCAAAUACGGGCCGGACUAUUUGAUGAGCAGGGAUGUUGUAUAUGUGCUCUUCAACUAUCGCCUCUGCUCCCUGGGAUUCCUUAGCAUGCCCAGUGGCGAGUUGAAUGUGCCGGGCAAUGCGGGUCUCCACGAUCAGUUACUAGCCCUUCAAUGGGUUAGCCAGCACAUUCGGAACUUCAACGGAGAUCCGCAGAACAUAACGCUUUUUGGCGAAAGUGCUGGAGCCGCUUCCGUGCACUUUAUGAUGUGUCUGCCGCAGGCGAAAGGGCUCUUCCACAAGGCCAUCAUGAUGUCCGGCUCGAUGCUGAGUCCCUGGGUGAAUGCGCUCGAUAGCGAUAGUAUAUUCUGCCGCCUGGCCACGUCUGCAGGAUACGAAGGACCCGCGGAAGAGGUGCCCAUAUUGGAGUUUCUGCGCAACGUGAAUGCCGAAAAACUCAUCGGCCACGAAUUCAUCUCACCCCGUGACCGGUGCUUUGGGUUUCUCAACCCAUUUGCUCCAGUUGUUGGAGGCCUGGUUCCAGCUCCAUUUCAGCAGCUGAUGAAGGAGGCGUGGUCCUGUGAAGUGCCCCUGCUCCUGGGCGGCACGUCCUUCGAGGGACUGGUGUACUACCCGUUCUGUCAGCUGGAUAAUGGCUAUAUGCUGGAGCUGCUGAAACAUGAACCAGCGAUGGUAUUGCCCCACGAGCUAUAUCAGUCGAUGAGCGUCGAGGAGCGGAACACAGCGGCCGAAGUCCUCGUUAAGUAUCACUAUGGACCGCGCGGUAUCACCAAGAGUAACAUCACACAGAUUCUAGAUCUUUUCAGCUACAAGUUAUUCUGGCACGGCAUACAUAGGGUGGUCCUCUCCAGAUUAUCUCGCGCACAAGCACCUACCUAUCUGUACCGGUUCGACUUCGAUUCGCCCAAGUUGAAUCUGAUGAGGAACCAGCUCUGUGGCGAUGACAUCAAACGCGGUGUCUGUCAUGCGGAUGACUUGGGCUACAUUUUCCACAAACAGGCCCAAGCGAAGCAGCCCCUGGAUUCCCCGGAGUUCCUGACCAUCCAGCGUAUGGUGGGCAUAUUGACCACGUUUGCCAGGACGGGCGAUCCCAAUUGCGCGGAGACGGGGCCGGAUCCGUGGAUGCCCGUCUCCACAAAGUCUCCCUUCAAGGCAUUGAAUAUUGGACAGCAGGUGGAGUGUGUAACGCAGGUCGAAAAAGACGGUCUGGAGGUGUGGAAUGGGCUAUAUAGUGACCUAAAGUAGUAAGGGGGGUUUUAUUAAGUCUAUUUUGCUAUAAUUUUUGUAUAUAUUCAAUAAAUGAACGAUACUGUUUAGA